GGGUUUUGGUCUCUUCGAUUGAAAAGAAAUAAUAUUAUGAUAAUAAUCAAUUUAUGAAGUCUAUGACUUCUGUCAAAUUCUGUGCAGUGUUUACCGACUAGUUGUCAAUAUGUCAUGUCAGUAUUUUCAAUAUAAGAAAUGGCGAUGUUAAAAUAAAUAAAGUUUAUUCAAACUUUGAAACUUCCUACAAUGGAAAAUAAAACGGGCUGUAGCUGGGAAAAUGAUGAUGGCACCAUUUCUAUUGUUAAAACAGAAAUAGAAGAUUACGAUUCUGCUGAACAUGAGAACAGAGAAAAUGAAAAUGAAGAAAUAUGUAACAAUCAGUAUGGAGAAGGGGGAGCCGAUUUCAAUGAGCAGUUUGUCACUAAACAGGAACAUGUUGGUCCUGAUUAUGCUGAUUAUGGAAUGGGAAAUUAUCAGAAUGAAGAUUAUACCGAAGAUAAUUUUCAGGAAAGUGUGGGAGAUGCUGGUAGCUGGCCUCUUUUGCAGGGAUUCACCAUGUCAGAUGCGGAUCAACAUUUUAUGAAUCAGCCUGGAACAUCUGACAUAAACGAUUUUGCAGAUAAACGCGAGGCAGAGUUGUUUCCUUGUAAUUAUUGCGAUUAUGUAGGAACCCAUCCAAAAUUACUAACUUCACAUAUGAAUAAUCGCCAUAUUAAAGCUGUUGUGUAUCAGUGUCCACAUUGUCAAUAUAGUUCUACAAUUCCUCGUUCGACGAAAGAACACAUUCAAUGUAAGCAUUCUAAUGAAGAUGAUGAAAAGUUGAUAAUCAAGAGGAAAUGUGAAUUUUGUGAUUAUUGUGCUACCAAUGCUACAGCUUUGAAAAAUCAUAUGAAUAAGCAUACAAAAGAAGUGAAACAUCAAUGUUCUUUUUGCGAAUUCAACACUUUGUGGGAAGGAUAUCUAAAAAUGCAUAUAAGAAGGAAGCAUAGUGAUCAAUCUGCAGAAGCUGGAAAUGCUACAAAAGAAUAUCCUUGUCAGUAUUGUGAUUAUAAAGCAGCUACUCCUAGUACACUUAAAUUGCAUACAAAUAAGCAUACUAGGGAACAGGAGCAUCAAUGUCCUUAUUGUCCUUAUAAAACAGUAUGGACAACCUACAUAAAAUUACACAUUAAAAAUAAGCAUUUUAAAGAUGAAAAAUCUCCAUCCGCUAAGGAGUAUCCAUGUAGUUUUUGCGAUUACAAAGCUAAAAAUUCCACCUUAUUGAGACAACACACAAACAAGCACACUCGUGAAAAGGUACAUCAGUGUCCACAUUGUCCAUUCAGUACACUAUGGAUUACUUAUAUGAAACUGCAUAUUAAACGAAAGCAUAGUGAAAACAAUGAAAACGAUGUUGUAGAAAAAAAAGAUUUUCAGUGUCAAUACUGCCCUUAUAAAGCUAUAAGUUUGAGUCACUUGAAAAUACAUGAGAACAAACAUACCAAGGCUAUAGAAUACAAAUGCAAUGAAUGCGAUUUCAAGACUACAUGGUUCGGAUACUUGAAAUUCCAUAUCAAGAGAAAACACUCUGUGAAAUCUGAAUCUAAAGAGGAAAACAAAACAAGUUUUCCAUGCAGUUUCUGUUCUUAUAAAGCAAUAAACUUGAGCACGCUGAAAGUUCACCAGAAUAAACAUACUCGAGAAAAUAUUUACAAUUGUCCACACUGCGAAUUUAAGACGACAUGGAGAGCUUACAUCAAAAGUCACAUUCAGAAACAUAACGCCGAUAAUUUCAAAACCAGGAAGCAAGGAGAUGCGUCCAUCAAGUCUUAUCCUUGUCAGUAUUGCAAUUAUGUAGCUACCCAGAUGGGAUCGUUGAAACUACAUGUUAAUUCAAAACAUACCCGAGAGAACAUGCAUAAGUGUCCACAAUGUGACUACGAAUGUGCAGUGUACGGAAACUUAAGGAUGCACAUCAGACGAAAACAUGGUUUGAAACCUGAUGAUAAUGGCAAAUAUCAUUGUAAGGAAUGCGAUUUCUCAUCAGAGAGUUCCACAGAAAUCAAAACUCACCUAAGUGAAAAGCAUAACAUGAAUGUCGAAAUUGACGAUCUAAAGAAAGAAGAUGAGAAAACAUAUACUUGCCAAUAUUGUCCGUACACAACUCUUUAUCAACAAGUUAUGAAGAAACAUAUUAAUAAGCAUACAAGGCAGAAUGUUAUCAAAUGCCCACACUGUCCUUAUUCAACUGUUUGGAAUCACUAUAUGAAAGUUCACAUCAAAAGACAUAAUGAACCGAAAACCUCAACUGGUAGACAAAGAAGUACCAAACCUAAUACUGACCAGAGCAGGCUCUUCCCUUGUCAAUAUUGUGACCACAGGAGCUUAUCCUUUAGUAGUUUGAGAGAUCACAUCAAUUCUGUGCACACCCGUGAAAUUAUCCAUAAAUGUCCCUAUUGCGAUCAUAAAUGUACGUUGAAAGGAAAUCUCAAGGGUCACAUUCGCAGAAAGCAUCCUGCAGAAUAUAUAGAACAGGAGAAAAGGUAUCAAUGUGACCAAUGUGAUUUCAAAACAUCUGAAAGGAGAAAUUUAAAAAUUCACUUGAAAAAAGAACACAAUAUUGAUGAUGCCAAGAUAAAAGCUGAAAAUGGAGAAUACAAGUGCCAGUUUUGCGAGUAUAAGGCUAGGAGUCUUUAUACUUUGAAAAUUCAUCGGCAUAAGCAUACAAAGGAAAAUGCUUAUCGCUGUCCCCAGUGCGAGUUUGCCACAAAGUGGCCCAAUUACCUUAGAAAGCACAUAAAGCAACAUAGUAUCGGAAAAUGUCGGGUAUCUUGUUUAUAUUGUGAGUACAAAGGUUGUUCCACAUUUAGGCUGAGAAAACAUAUUGAAAGUCUUCAUAAAUCGGAUGACUACUAUCCUUGUCCUAAACCUAACUGUCAAUUCAAAACAAUUCAUUAUACUAGUUUGAGAAUGCAUUUGAAAGGCAGCAUACAUGCUUCAGGUGUUUCUAGAUCACAUGCAUCUGUCACUCGCAAUUUCUCAUAUAAGUAUAAACCAAAUGAAGGAAGAUACUUUGCAUGCGACUAUUGUGACUAUGCAUCAAAAACUCAGGGAAAUUUAGAUAAACAUAUAGAAAAUAAGCAUGAAAAGAAAGCCAUGAAAUGUGGUUUGUGCAGCUAUAGAACACCUUCCAAGAACUAUUUGAAUAGACACUUCAAAUUGAAGCAUUCAUCCCCUAAGAACGAAGAUCAAGAAAACGACAAUUUAGAACAGGAUGAUAUGGUGGUGGAUUCUAAAGACAGUUGUGUAGAUGAUUAUAUUGAUGAAGAUAUAUCUAAAAUAGAUCCUUCUGACUUGAAUGAUAAGGAUGAAAACUUAGAUCUGGAUGAAUCUACUCUCAACAUAAGUAAUGAAUGUGAUGAGGGGACAGGUUUAUUAAGUCGUUCCAAGAGGAAAAGGAGCUUCAUCCCAUAUUAUGUAGAAGAGAGCGAUGAGGAGGAAAAUGAACUCAUUUGUGAAGAUUUUCUUGAAGUAGAGUUGGGAACCAAUGAUAAACAAAGUGACGUUGAAAUCAACAAGGACCAAUCUGUCGAAAAUAAUCUUUCAGAAGUUCAGGUUGAAGAUUCACAACCAAUUGGUGAUUCUAGUUCUUUAAUUGAUGAAAAAAGUGAAGGAAAAGGUUACAUUGCUACUGAUGUAAAAGUGGAGAUACAAGAUGAUAAUAAUUCACAUUCGCAAGAUAGUUUGGAGAAAAAUUGUGUUUCCAAAAAUAAUGUAUCAAAAAGAGUUAGAUUGUUGAAACGGAAUACUGAUCUACGUAAGAAAUCUAAAAAUCUCAAUCUGAUAAAUGGACUUUCUCGAAGAAGUAAAAUUUUUAAUGCAACUAAGGCAAAAGAAAGAAUAAAUGGAAAACGGAUAAUAUUAAAAAAAAAUUUAACCAAGAAGAACAAUGAAAGCAACAAAGUACUGAAACAAAAUGAUGACAACACUGACAAUAUUAUCUCAAAUAUUAAGCAAGAAUCUAUUGAAGAUCCCCAAAUUGAAGGAGUUGUGGCAGCUGAAAAUGACAUUCCUCAAGAUAUUGUGAAUAAUUUGAAUGGUAGUGAUCAUAAUAUAAAACAAGAACCAGAAGAGAUAAACACAAAUGAUAUGCAGAGUGAUUCUAAUGUUGACACUAGGUUGAAUAAUGAAAAAUCAUCUAGUAAUCAACAAACAGACCAGGUAUUUAAUGAAAAAGUAAUUGUGGAGAAAGAACUAGUUGCUGCUGAAGAAGGAAAAGGAAAAAAGGGGCAUGGUGAUUCUCGUGUUAAAACAAGAAAACAGGUAUCGUUAAAAAUUAAAAAAACAUCCAUUGGAAAACAAAUGAAUCAGUCAGUGAAUGGAAAGGUUGAUGUGGAAAAAGAAGUAGUUGAAUCUGAAGAAGGAAAAAAUAAUAUUGAAAAGAAAUCUCAAUGAUAGAGUUGGUUUUUUGAUGAUGGAUAUAAAAAAAUGGUUAUCCUAAUUGUCAAGCAAAUGAAAAUGACUGAGAGGAAUGAAAUUACUUUAAAUGAAGAAGAAACAAAAAAAGAAAUUUUUUAAUAUAAGAGCUAGAGGUGACUAAAUUAAUUAUUUCAUCAUAAUGAUGAGUAUGAGACAUCCUGAAUUUCAGUAGAUGUACAAAGUUAAACAUAGCUAUUUAGGUAUAUAAGAUUAUAAGUGGUAAGUGUUGAAUUUUUCAGUUAAUAUUAAUUCAUUUUGAAGAAUUCACAAUAAGAAGUAUAUGAUUCAUUGAAUAUGUACUCAUUAUUUUCCAAUAUUCCUAAUUGAUUGAUUAGAGACCCACUGAAGAUCAAUAAUUUAAUUGGUAAAUGGAAAAUCAAAACAAAAAUUGUAGAAAUUUCAGAACAUAUUUAGAGGUGUCCCAAAGCUCAAGAUAUAUCUUAUUAUUGAUGUGCUAUGUUUCUCGAUUUUCACAAAUUGAGAAAUUGUUUUCUAUAUUUUCAGAUACACAAAUCAACAUUUAAGAUUGCUUAUGUUUGAAACUUAAAAAUUGAUAUUGAUAACUGAAAGAUAUAAAACGUAUUUUACUUUUCAAGAUUUUAAUGAAUUAGAACAUGCUAUCAUCAUAGGGUUUUGGUACAUCUGUGUAAUAUUAUAUAGUUUGUUUUUAAUAUUCUUAUUAUAGAAUUUUGAUUGAAGAAAAAUUAUUGGGGUGUCAACUCAAAUAUUAAUAUAUUAUACAUCUUUGGUUCAAUACAAUAAAAAAGGAAAUAGGUUAAAGUAUGUUAGCAACUGUGUGAAAGUCUUUAUUUAUUUUAUAAUAAGUUCCAUUAUUCAUAAAACAUUUCAUCAAAAUAUAAAAAAGUUUCCUUUAAUUAAUUAUUAUAUGCAUUUAUAUUUAUAAUUUCUGAAAUCCCAUGGAAUUCAGUAGACUGUAAAAAUAGAUUCAGAUUCAGACAUAUUAAAGUUUAAUUACUUCUUAACAUAUGUCGAUUUUAUGUCUUGCUUUUACAAAUUAAUAUGUUUGGAUUAUUAUCAUAACUUGUUGAAUGUUGGACAUAUUUUUUUGCUGUAGCAGUUUGAUGAAUAACAGAACAAUUCUCAUGUCUCCAGAAAUUAUGAUUUAAUAAAAUAUUGUUCUGUUAAUUUUUUGAACUACUGCUUCAAAUUUUAUUUAUUUUUAUUGAUUAGUAAUUAUUUUGUGCAAUAAUGUGUUUUGAAUUUUAAAUCAGCCAAGAAAUGAUGUCAUUUUUUAAUAAUCCUGUGGAAAACCACAACUUUUUAUUAUCUGUGUCUGAUGUACAUACUGGAAGAAUGCUUUGUUAAUAUUAAGGAUAUACAAUUAAAAUGAUAAUAACA